UUACGGAAGCACCUGUGUUGUUGUCAUGGGUGAAUAUGUCACCAUUCUACAAUUAGAAGAGAUGUGAUGUGAUGUAAAUGGAUGAUAUACCAACACGUUUGAAUGAAAAGCAUGCUCGGCUAUGUAUUGGUCGCGUUUUUAGCCCUGGCAGUUUUGUUCAUUCCUCGCGAGUGGUCCGUAACAUUUGGAUAUGGAUCAAACCAGGGGCCCCCUGUGCAGCUCCUGAGCAGCCGUGAAUUAUCACUUUACGACGGGGGGGAAGGCAGCAAGGGCCUUUACCUGGCCAUACUGGGGCACGUUUUUGAUGUACACAAGGGACAAAAGCACUAUGGACCUGGUGGUGCUUAUCACUUUAUGGCAGGAAAAGAUGCCUCACUGGCCUUCAUCACUGGGGACUUCACAGAGAUUGGCCUGAGGGAUGAUGUGUCCAGUCUGUCCCCACUGCAGCUGAUCGCCCUUUAUGACUGGCUGGCCUUCUAUCAGAGGGAGUACCAAAGUGUAGGUCUGUUAAUAGGCCGGUUCUAUAGCGAGACUGGGCAGCACACAGAAGCCCUCCUGCAGGUAGAAGCAUCACUAGCAGAGGGCCAGCGAAUCAAGGCCCAGUCUGAGGCUGAGAAAGGACGCUUGCCAGCCUGCAACUCAGAGUGGAGCGCUGCCAGGGGAGGAAGAGUCUGGUGCUCCACUAAGAGCGGUGGAGUGGAUAGAGGCUGGACGGGAGUCCCGCGGAAGCUCUUCUCUCCAGGCUCUACUGGUGUUCGUUGCGUCUGUGUUGAAGACCUAUCUGCAGCAGAAGAAGACCCCAACCUGCAGAAAUAUGACAGCUGCCCACCACAUGCUGAAUCAUGCUCUGUGGAAGAAUUCUAGUCUCUGGACCAGCCCAGUAAAUGGACCUAUUCACUGCCUGCCUUUUAGCAGCACAAUACUCAGACUUUAAGAAUGAAGAAGAGAAGUCAAUGCAUUGGUUUUUGAUGACCUUUAUGUAAAGUUGUCCUCCCUUUCUCUAAAAGGAUACACAAGGAAGAGACAGGCUAGAUAUCUGAGCAUACAGAUACAAUAUAAUGUGCAUAAAAGAUUAAACAAUGUGCAUAAAAGAUUAACAGAGGCAAGAUUUAGGUUUGUCACAAUGACAAGCACAAACUGCAUUUAAGUACAAAACAGUUGUAGUGGUCAAAAAUAUCACACAUUUAUCUGUACAAUUUAACAAUACUUAGAGGCCCCACUACUUGGCCACAUCCCUCUGCUCCACAUUCUCCCCAAUGAUCGGAAAUGUCAUGUGAUCUUAAUAAAGUGCACCCGUUAGGCUUAGAAAUCAAGAGGGUUAAAUGUGACGGUCAAGACAACUUGACUUGAGGCAACAUUGUGGGGACUAUGAUCACAACUUUCUACGAGGACCUUAUGGCAGAUAAAAAAUGGAAUGUAAUUAUUUGGUGAAUGAUUUUGAAAUAUGAUUUAGCAUUAUGACGCAAAGGCUACAAAUUAAAUGACAUGCAUAGGCAUAAUAGGCAUUUCUGUAACUAAGGAGGAUUGUUGAGAGAAUUUUGUUUUGGGGACCACAUUAAUAUGUUAAGCUCACAUUUUCACAACUUGCCAUGUUAAAAAAUAAGCAUUCUAUUUAAUGUGGCUUAAUACAUGAUAGACUAUGUAGCAAUCGUGGAGAAAAGAAACACCCAUUUCAUGAGGAAUUUCAUCCUUGUCCAGUUGUGCCAUCUUUCACCACAAACAGUAAAGUAAUUCAACGUUAUAUUUCUGAAUAGAACUGGAUCCAACUCGAUUAGAUCUCUUUUGGAAAUUAUGCUCAUUAAAAAAAAGUCGAGUUGCUUUAUCUUUAAAUCCUUCUCAUCCAUCCCACUUUAUCCAGUCAAUACAGAAUAGGGGUAACAGAAGAGUGAAAUAUGAAAGAUUACAGAGAACAUGCUCACAGUUCAGUCCUUGGAGAUUUAGUGAUCAAGGUCAGGAUUUACAAUUGUACUUUGUUCUUGGUGGGCAGCAGACUCCGCUCUCUCAUACAUCAAGGUAUUCAUUUUGAAGCAUUGAAUGUUUGUCUUUGGGCAGGUCACAUAGCAUAAAAGGCUGCUGAUGGUGGAAUAUCCCAACAGAGAACAGGAAAAAUCCCCAAAAAGUGAUUUGAUUUAAAUGUUCAUCAUUGAAAUGAAAUGUUGGGCUUGUGAUAAUAAGAGCUAAUCAUUACAAACAUCAUUGGGCUCGGGAAACCGAUUAACAAACUGAGUCCAUCCAACAUCGAGAUGGAGAGCUGCUUAUAUCCACUUUAAGAUACUUUGAUCAAAAUAAACAAAAUGACAAUG